CGCGUGCCAUGUCGACACCGCACGCGCAGAAUAAAACAGUUGGCAGACAGUAUUAUCGCCAACAGUACACGCCGCAAGCCACAACGCAGUCUGAUCGUCCCGCACCGCAGACAGUCACAGACGACUAUGAACGCUGGUACACGGAGAACGUCCCGAACAACCGAAUGGUCCUAGCACUCCGCUCUCAAAUCCCAUCAGAGAUCAAUUGGGCCCUGGAUCGCAUCCUGCGGCUCAGCCGAAAUGAGGACUUCUCGCUGAAGAAGAUAUCGGGCUUGAGGGAUGCCUUGUACGAGUGGCCCGAGUGGUAUGUGUCCGAUGGGCUGCAGACCUCUAACGAGAUGCACUCCCUGUUUUCUGUGCCGCCGGAAGUCUCAACCAAACGACGCCAUGCCUUGGAAUCGUUGGCUGUCUUGCGCAAUGCGGCAAUGGACCCAGAAAACCGCACUGAACUGUUGGAACACGGACACACCAUGCCCCUUGUGUUCAACGGCCUCACGAGGCUGGACCCCGACUACGACGAACACGUCGAAUUUCUGUUUCACUUGAUGGAGUUGUUCCGUUCGCUCGCCUCGAACUAUGCCGUGACGGCGAACUUGGUCCAUACGCGCUGGAACCCGGUACCUCCAUUGAACUUCAUUGCUGAAACGUCCAGGAAUCGAUCCCUCAUUCUUUCGUCCUUGACUACGCUCACGGACAUCUUUGACAAUCCCCUGAACACAUUCCUCCUGUCGUCCGGUUCGCCUGCGCUUGCCACAGCUCUGCGUUAUCUGCCGCUAUUUGUGGACAAACCGCUAGUCGAAGCAUGUCUCGACUACCUGUAUGUGCAUCUUUCACAUCCCGCCAUGGCCAAGGCAUUUCUCCAUCAUCCCGAGCUUUCAAACACGGUCAGGAUGCUGGUCAACUUCAUUUUGAGCGAACAGGUCGAAGAGACCGUCACACUGGAAGUCAUGGGGGCUAUCCAUACUGCGCCGGCUGUA